CGUUCUAUCAGUGUUACGACGACUACGGUCUAAGGGCGAUAAAAAUAAAUUCUGUAUAAAUGUGACAGCUUAGUGAUGUGCGGAAUGCUAGCUUCAAAUUUUUGCUGCAUUCUUGUUUGGACUAUUUAUUGUUUUUUACAAGUUCAUUCUAAGGAAUUCCAUAUCAUUUUGUCAAACAAUGGACCCGUUGUGUCUGGUGGUACAAUUACAAUCAGAGCAGAUUUGUAUAAUCCGGAUGGUUACCGACCAUCAGGCACUUUUAGAUAUACAUGGACCGAUGAUGCUCUCAUACCUCAUAAAAGUGUAACAGGGUUAAUAAAAAAUACAACAGUAUAUUGGAAUUUGACCUAUCCUCAAGAUAAAUAUUCUGUAGGAACUUAUAAAGUUGAAGUAUUAGUUCAAAAAUAUUUAUUGUUUUAUUGGCAAAAUUUAACCAGUGGUCGUACGAGUUUCGAUGUAACUCCACUUCUUAAUGGUAAUAUAACAAUAUCACAAUCAAAUAAAACAUUGAAUGAUAAAUUUGUUUCAACUGCAUAUGAAACACAAUUUGGUAUUGAUAUACGUAAAGGAGAUUAUGAUUUUAUAACAGAAAAAGCAACAUCUAUAUCAAUUUAUUGGUUCAUUGAUUGCCGAUAUUAUGGACAAACUAAUGAUUUAAAUUUUUCUUAUAAUUUUACAAAUUCCAAUACAUCCUCUGGUAUAUCAGCAUUGGUAAUUGCAUCGUAUGAACCUAUAGAAUCACCCACUACAACCACAGUUGCUACUGUAUUACCAUCUAACACUACUUCAAAUACUUCUUUAAUAAAUACCAAUGGAAGUACUGUCCUAUCAACUACUACUAUAUCGCCUACAACUGUAUUACAUAUAAAUACAACGAUAGCAACAUCGAUGACAAUUAUGCCUGCGUUUAAUUCAACCAUAAUAAAUACUGGAAAUAUUUCAUUUCCAUAUAUUUGCCAAAAUACAACUGCUAUAGCACCAGAUCCAAAUAAAACAUAUGGUUAUUUCACAAAAGAAAUUUUUGUUCGAGCACCUAUAACAAAUAUCACAAUCAAGGGUACGGAUUGGAUUCAGCCUUGGGACAUGUUAUCUCUUAAUGCAACUUGUAAUGGUUCAGGACCAUUUUAUAAAUGUUUGGAAUUUCAUCAAGGCAAAUAUAAUGUAACUGGUAAUGAAACAUGCGAAUAUGUAGAUCAUUUACCAUCAUGUAAUUUUUCUAUUGUUCGUUAUUUCUUUGAACCUACCGAAUAUACAAUUUUGGUUAUAAUAAGCAAUGAUGUCAGCAAACAAAUUUAUCCUAAAACCAUAACUGUUUACAAAGUAACACCAAAGCCACAGUUGUCUGUUAUUGUCGUUCCUGUUUCUUGUACCCUUGUAGCUGUUGUUUUAAUAGUAUUUGGCGUGGCAUAUUACAUCCAAAGUAGAUCAAGAUUCACAGUUGAAGUUGCAGACUUUGACUUUGGCCAAAAUAAUCCUGAGAUGGAGUAUAAAACGUUUACAGAACGAUUACGGGAUUCAUUUAACAAUGCUGUAAGACCAGAAAGCAAACAUAUAAGUGUACGAGCGCCUCAUUAUGGCAGCAUGAACUACAGAAAAAUAUAAAAUGCAUCAUUUAAUCCAACCACUAUUAACAAUAAAAGGAUAUAAACCACUUAAAAAUUCAAAUACUUUACAAACAUAACAUUUGUAAAACAUAAAAAAAAAGUCUACAAUACAAACUUCGAAAGUUUGUAAGGAGUACUUUUAAUGUUGAAAGCAAGUGUACUUCUACAAUGAGCCAAGAAGUCCAAGUAUGAAGAGGUUUGUUGAGUUUUAUGCAGCAGUAUUUCUAGAUAAUAAUGCUGUUUCAUAUAAAAUUAGUACAUCAUUACUCACUGUAACCAUUGUGAUCAUUCCGGAGUGGAUAUGAAAAACAUGACAUCAAGAUUCCGCAUAAAUAUUAUAUACAUCUAAUAAGGAAAACACACUGGACAUAUUUUAUGAAGAUCAGUGUAAAUUCAAUCACCAUUAUGUGAUGGAUAAGAAAGUAUGCGCCAUUCCAACAUAAUUUUUCCAACAACAUGAAAUUUAAAAAUAAGUCUAUGUUCACGCAAUAUAUAUAUGUGUAUAUAUAUA